CGCGUGGAUGACAUCACCAAUUUACUCCAAGGCCUGAACUCCACAGACUCAGCUGUUGUAGAAAAGGCCAUUGCUGACACAGAGAAGAGGCUCCAUGACCAGGGGAGCAGCAAGGAGAUAAGGAAAGCUACAGUGAACAGAACAGUCAUCAACACACAACCUUCUGACACAGCCAAGGCAGAGGCAGUGGAUGCAGAAAACUUCCUGGCAGUGCUGGAAAAGGAUGCCAAGGAACGAGCUGAACGCAGGAGGAGGAAUGAACACUUGGCAAAUGCUCUGAAGGAGGAGGGGAAUGAUGCCUUCAGGAGAGGAGACUAUGCCUUGGCCAUCCAGAGGUACUCAGAGGGGCUGGAGAAACAGAAGGACAAGCAGGAGCUGUACACAAACAGGGCACAGGCCUACCUGAAGCUGCAGGAGUAUGAAAAAGCCAUUGGGGACUGUGAAUGGGCAUUAAAGUGCAGUGAGAGGUGCAGUAAGGCUUUUUUCCUGCUGGGGAAGGCUCACCUGGCACUGCAGCACUACUCUGAGUCCAGGCAGUGUUAUGAGAAGAUGCUGCAGAUUGAUCCUCAGAAGGAAAACCUAUUUAAAUGUUGUAUGAACGAGGUAAACCUGGAGGAGAAGAGGCUGAAGGAUGAGGAGAGAGCAAUGAAGGAGGCUCAGGGUGGCAGUGCUGCUGCUCUGUCCAUCCAGGAGCUGCUGCAGAGCCUUGGCACACCUGGGCAGGAGAUCCUCUGCUACACAGGAGGCCUCAGGCUCCUGGCAGGACUCGUGCAGGAUUGCACUGAGCAAACAUUAUUCAGGAUCAACAAAGGCUUCAGUGUGCUCCAAGCCAACGAGGCUGUCAGGAGGGCCUUCUGUGCAGAGAGGAAGAGCAGUGCUGAAGUGGAGCUGUCUGUGGCUCUCCUGCUCCUGUGGCAAGCUGUGUGUGCUGGGAAUGAGGUAAACCAACAUCUUCUGCUGACUGAGCCUGCUGUGAGUGCUCAGCUGCCAGAGCUGCUUUCCUCUGGGACACUGGAGAUCCAGAGGGAGACACUGGCACUGAUUGCUCUGUGCUCAGAGAAUGAGAGUGGCAGGAGGAUGCUGCUCAGGGACCAGGACCUAAGCAGAUGGCUGCAGCUCUUGCUGAUGUUUGUCAGGAGCACUGACACCAGGGCCAGCAGGGCCAUGAGCAUUCUGUCUGAUCUAAUGGCAGAGCAAAGGUUCAGAGCUCAGUGUCAGGUCAUGCUUUCCACAGAUGUUCUCCCCUUGUUCACCCAACUGCUGGUCUGUGCCAGGCAGGUGAACCAACCAGCCCUGGCCUGUGCCAUUGGCCUCAUGGGCAACCUGUGUGUGGGUGCAGCAGCUCGGGGGCAGCUGGCUGGGAGCAGAGAGUGCUGGCAAUCCUGCCUGGAGCUGCUGGAUGGAAGUCUCCAAGUCAGCACCCCCAGCUACCAGGAGUGUGUGUUUGCAGUGCUGGGCCUGAUGAUGAACUUGCUGCUAGAAUCCAAUGGGGUCAUCCAGGACUUUGCUGUGCCCAUCACUGCCAGGUGCCUGGCCCUGCUCAGCCAGCAGGAGGGAAGGAUUGUGACAAGAGCCAUUGGGGUGCUGAGCCGUGUCCUGCUGGUGUCCUCCUCGGCUGUGGGAGAAGCAGUGGAAGGAGGAGUGGUGAAGAAAAUGAUCAAAUUCCUCAAGGCUGGAGGACAGCUCACAGCCAGGUAUGGCAUAAAGACCCUCUGCAUCUGCACCAGAGGCAACAGACACGCUCAGGAAGAGCUGGUGAAGGCAGAUAAAAGGUUCGCUGUGCUGCUCAAGCUCUUGGAGUCAGAGGAUGAAAUGACAGUGGGGAAUGCUGCUCUCUGCCUCAGCCAGUGCCUUGCCAUUCCUGGAGCAGCCACAGCCUUGCUGAAGUCCAACGUGGUGCUGCUGCUGCUGAGACUUGCUGGGGGUGAUGCUGCUGGGGCCCCAGUUCAGGAGAACGCGGCGGUGGCUCUGGGGAAACUCUGCGUCUCCGAGCCGAGGCACAUGCAGCAGCUGAGGCAGCUCAAUGGCUUGGCCAUCCUGAACUCCUCCAUGAAACACGUGCACAGCAACUGA